ACUUUCUCUCUCUAAACUAUCGAUUCUGUAUAAAACGGCCCCCUUUUUUCUUGUUCCUCUUUCAAAAUCAUCCAUCAAACCCUAACCAAAUUCCGCCAUCGUUUUUAUUGAUUAUUUAAUUUCAGUAACAAACAAUCGUCGAUUCGGAUCCGAUUUCGCAAUCCGAUCUGGACGAACCUAUGCGAUGUCAUCAUCCGGCCCCCCGCCACCCAAGCCUCCGUCGCCGCGAGACAUCCUGAUCCGUUCGGUAUGGUCCGAUAACCUCGAGUCCGAGUUCGAACUGAUUCGAUCCGUCAUCGACGAUUUCCCCUUGAUUUCCAUGGACACCGAGUUCCCGGGCGUCGUGGUCCGACUCGACCCUAAUGACCCCAAUUUCCGCCACCGCGAACCCGCCGCGCACUACCUCAUGCUCAAGGCCAACGUCGAUCGCCUCAAUCUGAUCCAGGUGGGCCUCACCCUCUCGGACGACAGUGGGAAUCUGCCGGAUUUGGGGACCAAGAAUCUGUAUAUCUGGGAAUUCAAUUUCCGGGACUUCGACGUCGCGCGGGACGCCCACGCGCACGAUUCUGUAGAGUUGCUUCGCCGGCAGGGAAUCGAUUUCGAGCGGAACCGGGAUUUCGGGGUAGACUCGGUUCGGUUCGCGGCGCUGAUGAUGUCGUCGGGGCUCGUCUGCAACGAUGCCGUUAACUGGGUCACGUUCCAUAGCGUCUACGAUUUUGGGUACCUGGUCAAGGUGUUGACUCAGCGAGUCUUGCCGGACGAGUUGUCGGUGUUCUUGAAUUACGUGAGGAUUUUCUUUGGGUCUGGAGUGUACGACGUGAAGCACCUGACGAGGUUCUGCGCCAGCCUCUAUGGUGGGUUGGACCGGGUCUGCCAGACACUGAAUGUGGAGCGGGUUGCCGGUAAGAGCCACCAGGCCGGGUCGGAUAGCCUGCUGACCCUGCACGCGUUCCAGAGGAUCAGAGAGGUCUACUUUCCGAAGAAUGGGAUCGAGCAGUAUGCUGGCAUUUUGUAUGGUCUAGAGGUUUCUUGAUAUUUUCAUUGGAAUCUAUUGCUUAUAGAUUUCUCUCUCUUUUAAGUAAAUUUUGUACACAUGACUUGGUUUCAUCAAUAUUAUUAGGCUCUUAUUAAUU